AGAUCAAACCGGUUUUAGAGACGCUGUUCAGUGAUCCACACCCACAGUGAUUUGAUCUCACACUCAGUAAUGCUGUAAACAGUCUAUCACUGACAUUCAGGAGGUGAAGAUAUCGUUUCUUUAAUAUCACACACAGUGUCCUGAAAUAUAAAGAGAUGAACGUCCUCUGGAUGAUGCUACUGAUUUUCUCUUGCCCAAUAGAGACCAUGUCAGUACAAUUUAAAGUAGUGGGACCAGCUGCUCCUCUUGUUGCUGUAGCUGGAGAAGAUCUGGUUCUACCCUGUUCUCUCCAACCCAACAUCAGUGCUGAGGGUAUGAUGGUGGAGUGGUCUAGAUCGGAUCAUACUGGAUCUGACACACUAGUUCACCUGUAUGAAGAUUAUAAAGACAGAAAUGGAGAUCAGAUGGAGUCUUACAGAGGGAGAACAGCUCUGUUUAAAGAAGAACUGAAGAAAGGAAACGCCUCACUGAAACUCUCAGCUCUCCAACCUUCUGAUGAUGGAGCUUACAAGUGUUUUAUACGAUAUGGAUCCCAGUAUGAUGAUGCAACUGUUUAUGUUAAAGUUGAAGUAUAUUUUGAAGUAGUGGUUCCAGCUGCUCCUCUUGUUGCUGUAGCUGGUGAAGAUCUGAUUCUGCCCUGUUCUCUCCAACCCAACAUCAGUGCUGAGGAUAUGAUUGUGGAAUGGAUCAGACUGCAUCGGACAGACACACUAGUUCACCUGUAUGAAGAUUAUAAAGACAGAAAUGGAGAUCAGAUGGAGUCUUACAGAGGAAGAACAGCUCUGUUUAAAGAAGAACUGAAGAAAGGAAACGCCUCACUGAAACUCUCAGUUCUCCAACCUUCUGAUGAUGGAGCUUACAAGUGUUUUAUACGAUAUAGAUCCCAGUAUGAUGAUGCAACUCUUUAUGUUGAAGUUAAAGGAAAAGGAUUUCAUGGUUGGAAGAUUGCCAUCAUCUGUUUUUCAGUUUUUGGUGUUAUUUUAACGGCCUUUAUAGCUUACAUCCUGAAAGAUAAAUACUCAAAAAAGCAGCUCUCUCCUACACAGUGCUCAGUUAUAACCUACAUGCGUCUCCACACCGAGAAUCCCCGCAAAGAGCUGGACCUGAGCAAAUUCAACACAUCAGAGGAAGGAUACAGGAGACUCAUCCCUGCUGUUUCAAACUGCAGGAAGGCUCAAUUUGCUGGCUGUAAUCUCACUGCUGGCUGCAUUGAAGAGUUAAAUGCAGCUCUAAAAACAGAAAACUCUUCCCUAAAAGAGCUGGACCUCAGUAACAACAACCUGCAGGAUUCAGGAGUGGAGAAGCUCUCUGAUGGACUGAAGAGUUCACACUGUAAAGUGGAAACACUAAGAUUUGCUGGCUGUAAUCUCACUGCUGGCUGCAUUGAAGAGUUAAAUGCAGCUCUAAAAACAGAAAACUCUUCCCUAAAAGAGCUGGACCUCAGUAACAACAACCUGCAGGAUUCAGGAGUGGAGAAGCUCUCUGAUGGACUGAAGAGUUCACACUGUAAAGUGGAAACACUAAGACUUGCUUUGUGUAAUCUCGAGAAAAAGACGUGUGAAACUCUGGGAGCAGCUUUACUAUCAGAGACCUGGACCCUUAAAGAGCUGGACCUCAGUAAGAAUAACCUGCGGGACUCAGGAAUGAAGCAGCUUUCUGAUGGACUCAAGAGUUCAAACUGUACACUGGGAAUACUGAGAUUAGCCACCUGUAAUUUCACUGGGAAAUCUUGCAAAUUUCUCAUAUCGGCUCUAAAAUCAAAAAUCUCCUCCCUGAAAGAGCUGGAUCUCAGCAGCAAUGAUCUGCAGGGUUCAGGGGUGGAGGAGCUCUUCAUGGAUCCACAAAGUUCACCCUGUAAACUGGAGAUACUCAGGCUAGCUUUGUGUUAUAUUGAAGAAAAGGUUUGUGAAUAUCUGGGAUCAGUUUUAAAUCAGGAAAAUUCCCUGAAAGAGUUGGACCUCAGUAACAAUGACCUGCAGGAUUCAGGAGUGAAGCUUCUCUCUGCUGGACUGAAGAGUUCACACUGUAAACUGGAGAUUCUCAGGUUAUCUGGUUGUAUGAUCACAGAGAAAGGAUGUUCAUCUCUGGCAUCAUGUUUGAGUUCAAGCUCCUCCCACCUGACAGAACUGGAUCUGACCUACAAUAACCCAGGAGAAUCAGGAGUGAAUCUGCUCACCACACACUGCAUGCCCGGCACACUCAGAGUGGAGCAUGGAGGGAACAUCAGAAUGAAAACAGGACUAAAGAAAUACGGCUGUGAUCUCACACUGGAUCCAAACACAGCGUACAGACGUCUCUCUCUGAGUGAAGAGAACAGGAGGGUGGAGAGAGGAGGGCUGCAGUCGUAUCCUGAUCAUCCAGAGAGAUUUGAUUGGUGGGCGCAGGUUCUGAGUAGAGAGAGAGUUACUGGACGCUGUUACUGGGAGGCUGAGUGGAGCGGAAGAGGAACUGAUGUAGCUCUGAGUUAUAAAACCAUCAGCAGGAAAGGAGGUUCAGACUCUCGGUUUGGAGGGAAUGAAAAGUCCUGGAGUCUGGUGAUCAAUAAUAACAGUUACUCUGUUCAUCACAAUAAACACAGAACUGAUCUCCCUCCUCCUCCCUCUCCCUCUAACAGAGUAGGAGUGUAUGUGGACUGUCCCGCCGGUACUCUGUCCUUCUACACCAUCUCCUCUCAUACACACACACACUCCUCACACACACCCUCACACACACCCUCACCCACCCAAACACUCACACACCUACACACAUUCUACACCACAUUCACUGAACCGCUCUAUGCUGGGUUUUAUGUUUAUUCUGGCUCCUCAGUGCGUCUGUGUGAUAUAGAAUAGUGUGUUUGUUUAUGUGUGUGUGAGAGAGAGAUGGAUUGUGAGUGAUGGUGUUUGUGUGAAAGUGUGUAUGUGCUUUUUUUGUGUGUGUGUGUGUGUGUGUGUGUGCGUGCGUGUGUGUGUGUGCGUGUGAAAGAGUGUAAGUGUGCAUUAGUAUAUGUCUGAGACUGUGUUUGUGUGAGAAUGUGUGUAAUUGUGUGUGUGUGUGUGAGUGAGUGUGCAAAUCUUUAUCAUUAUAAUCUACAAUUAAAUUGUUUAUGUAAAUCUAUUGUUUAUGAUUAUGAGUUUUAUAUUAUUGGUAAUUAAAUCAUUAUGAUUGUAAAUAUAUUGUUUAUGAUUGUGAGUUUAUUGUUUAUUAUUGGUAAUUAAAUAUAUAUGAUUGUAAAUAUAUUGUUUAUGAUUGUGAGUUUAUUGUUUAAGAACAGUAAAUAUUAUAAAUAUAAAUAGGACAGAUAUCAGUGAACAGAAGCUCUGAAGAUCUCAGUGAUUUUUAAGCUUCAUCACAGAAAUCUGUUAUAUGAAAUGAUUAUGAGCGU